ACUUCUCAAAGUAUAGCAACAGCCAGUCAAGCAUGACGACCACGACACAAGGCAGCUCAAGGCAGCCCCUUGAGGUCAUCAAAGUGCAUGAGAUGAUCUUAGAGGCGUUUGAAAGUCGAGAUAAGGCAUACGCGCCGUAUUCAAACUUCCAUGUCGGUGCUGCCUUGCUCUGCGCUGAUGGGACGAUUGUGGGAGGCUGCAAUGUGGAGAACGCUUCUUAUGGCGCAGGGAUCUGUGCUGAGCGUACAGCUAUCCCCAAAGCAAUUUCCAUGGGACAUCGCUCGUUCCUCGCCUGUGCUGUGACGUCCCAACUGGCUGAACCUUCUGUCUCACCCUGUGGAAUUUGCCGACAGGUUCUGCGAGAAUUCCUACCGCUCAACACGCCCAUAUUCAUGUUGUCCUCUACGUAUCUCGAUUCACAUUCUGCGAAGGGCAGUGCGCCAAAGGCAUUGGCGGAAUGCCUGGAAGACUAUAUGCAGGGAUUGAGCUUACGAGAAAGGGAAGCCAAAGUCAACAAGGAGUACGGACGCUUGAUCAGAGUGAUGAGCCUCGAGGAGCUCUUGCCAUUGAGCUUUGGCCCGGAACAUUUGGCCAUGCCAAGGUGACGAGGAUCAUUGCUUCACCAUGGCAGUCCAGGCGAUCUGCCUCCGGAUGUCGCGCUCGAGUCCAGUCAGUCUG